AUGCGCCAGAUGUACGAGCGCCACUUUCACAGCGAGAUGCCGAACCUCAAGGAACUGGUGGUGGACCAGAUCAAACCGCGCCUGGAGCGCUUGGCAAAGAAGAACAUGCCGGGGCUCUGCCCGGUUGCCGAGAUUGGAUGUCCGCUGAUCGGACUGGCGCACGGCGACUUGAAUGCGGCCAACAUCAUGAUCGAUGCGCUGGACACGUGGUCCGUUGAUGGCGACGCCGUGUGGCUCAUUGACUUUGCCACCUCCGUGGAUUUGCCGCUGCUCACAGAUCUCUGCAAGUUUGAGAUGGCCUGCUUGUUCGAGUACGCCAUUUUACCCAUCACUGCAGAGAACUUGGUGGACUUAUCGGGUCCGGAUGAGGCGCAUUGGGAGCGGAUGGGCAUUGGCGAAUGGUUGGGUGUGCAACAGGACGUAGCAACAAGCUUUUUGAAGCUCUUGCUGCAAAAGGUCAAGCGAGAGAAGCUGGCCAGUAUGGAAGCCAGUCAGUUGGAGAGUCUGGUAGAUGAGGCGAUUCAACAGUUGCCCACGCACAAGCAACCCCAGGCCAGAAGAGCCAUCCUCUCACGGCUGACCGCUUCACAGCCAACACGAUCUGCGCAGGCGGAAGAAUGGUGGUUUGACAAACCAAGAGAGGCAUCAGCGCCUCUGGCACCGCUGGGGUGCGACUCGCUCGCCAUGGCGGCAGCCGCGGAGCUGGGCUUCGCGCGGCGCGAGAUGCACUCGGAGAAGUUGGCGGGAACGGCCCCUGGGACACUACCCGUGGUUUUGGAUGAGGCGAUUUGCAAAGCAAAGAAGGAGAUCAACGGAAAGGUUCGAAUCAGUUUGGUUGAACGAGCAGCUGCCGGGCAGGAUGGUUUGGUGAUGUUGUACCCCGAAUGCUUGGAGUACGACAUUGGCAAGGAUGGUGCCGGAAUCCCUGAGCUGCUGCGAUUCCUGAAGGGUGAACUUCCUCGAGGUUCGCUUGGAUGUGACAUCGAGGACACCACGCUCUUUGUGUGUGCCCACACCAAGCGUGAUGGCCGCUGUGGCUUCUGCGGACCUCGCUUGACCGCCAAAGCGGAAGAGCUGAGUGCUGCAGGGAAGGUGGGACCAAUGCGCAUUCGCAAAUGCUCGCAUGUGGGCGGCCACAAAUAUGCGGGAAACGUCCUGGUCUAUGGCAAGGACCAGUGGCAUUGGUAUGGCUAUGUGAGUCCCGAAAACCUCCUUUCCGUGCUACGGGGAAAAGCGGAACGUGGGCGCCUGUGGAGAGGCCGUUUGGGCAUCACCGAAGAUGAUGCGUUGAGGGAGAGAAGAAAUCAGGUCCUGCGCGAUUCCUUGCCACUGGCCGCCCUGGCUACAGCGGCCGUGCUAGCAGCCAAAACAGAUUGCGCCUUCAGAUACUGUGAGAGUAUCUCCAAGUCGAUGCUUUCCGGAGAUGGUUUACUGGAGACCUUACGAGCUGAGGCGCCACGGAUUGAAGGUGCAGGCACAGACAAAUUCACGGGCUGCGGUUCAUUGCGAUUUUUCGUGGACAUCGCGAAAUCCAUUCGGCGUUUCAUGCUGCGCGAAAUCCAGAUGUGUUUCCGCGACUUCAAGAUAGGAAUGGAAGAUCGAGAGCCAGGGGAGCUGCAGGUCUGUGAUGCGCUGUCCCUACAGAUGUGGCUUCCAUUCUUGCGCGAGUCCUAUCGGAUCGUGGGCUACCGCGACAUCCCACCGCAGAAAAAGUUGUGGUCCAUCUAUCACUGCAAAGUGGUGGCCGAGAACGUUAAGAGGACGCUGGAAAUGUUGGACUCCAUGGAUGACCUGAGCCCAGGGAGUUUCGAGCAGUUAAAGAUGGAAGACCUGACGCAGGGGAGUUUCAAUCUCAAUCGUAUCUACAAGAACUUGAAGGACGAAAUCACCAACGUGAAUUUCAGGAGAAGUGAAAGUGUUGAGGUGGGUACCUUCACCUCAGAGGCUCGGAAGAAGGAGCCCUUCACCGAGGCUGAUUCCCGAUGGAUUCACGCACAUGGUGAGCUCUUUGGGAAUGAAGCAAGGCAUUGCAGGAUCGUGCAAUGCGUGCACGCAGAGUGUGAUGUGUACAGCAAUCGUCCCGGACUCUUCGCUCCCAUUUUCCAAGUGGUGGUGAAGGGGCAAAAAGCGAAGCUUCACUUUGGCGAAGACAAACCCCCACAGCCGGGCGACCAAAAUAUGCUGGUCCCGCAAGGAAUCGAUGCUGGAGGAAAGCGACACGGGAAGAAUGUCGCUCGCUGA